AUGACCGAUGCCAAAAGCGUAUCAACCAUGGAGGUGCCAGAGGACAAGUUAAUGAAAAAGGGUUCCAUCAAGAAGAAGAUCGAGUCUUUCAGGCGAUGGAGUUCAGCCAGCAUGAAGAGACCUCCAAAGCAAAAGGCCAAGUCCCUGAGUCUGUCUUCUCCUUUGGGAGACCCUGAGGACCUCUGGCUGCAGGAAGGAGACAGGAGAAAGCUGCGACCUAUUGUGGACUCGGUAUUUGGACAGGGAGAGUCGCCUGUAGAAAGAAGUGGCACCCCAAUGGCUGCCACCACCCUGGGGGGCCUUGGAGGUGCAGGUGAGGCAGACACGGAUGAAGAGGAGGAAGGAGCGAGUGAGCAGGAGUUCGAUGAGCCUCUGUGCGCUCUGGUUAAGAAUUGCAACAUGCUGCACAACUUAGUGGGGCCUGCUUGUAUCUUCCUCAGACAGAGCUUCGCUCAGAGCCAGCUUGACAGAGAUCUUCGACCAGAGGAGAUGGAAGAGCUGCGUGAAGCAUUCAGGGAGUUUGACAAAGACAAGGAUGGCUUCAUCAGCUGUAAGGACCUGGGCGAGUGCAUGAGGACUAUGGGAUACAUGCCCACAGAGAUGGAGCUGAUUGAACUAAGUCAGCAGAUCUGUGGUGGCAGAGUCGACUUCGAGGACUUUGUGGAACUAAUGGGUCCCAAAAUGCUUGCUGAAACUGCAGACAUGAUUGGAGUCAAAGAGCUAAGGGAUGCAUUCAAAGAGUUUGACUCUGACGGUGAUGGUCAGAUCAGUCUCGGAGAGCUAAGAGAAGCUAUGAAGAAGUUAAUGGGGGAGCAGCUCAAUCACCGUGAGAUUGAUGAAAUCCUUCGAGACGUGGAUCUCAAUGGGGAUGGACAGGUGGACUUUGAAGAGUUCGUCCGGAUGAUGUCUCGCUGA